UUCAGCAGCAAGGAAGGAAGGAAGGCAGUCUUCCAGCUCCGGCUCCGGCUCUUCCUCUGCUCGGCUGCCGGGGCUUUGGGGAGCCCAGGAGAAGGUCCAGGCGGAGGGGCCUUGGCCAUGGAUUCGGAUUCCGGGGAGCUCAGCGAUGGGGACCUGGUUCCCUCCGCAGGUCCUGAUCAUUUCAGUUCCAAGAGCCUUGCACUACAAGCCCAGAAAAAGAUCUUAAGCAAAAUGGCCACCAGGACAGUGGCCAACAUGCUGAUUGAUGACACCAGCAGCGAAAUCUUUGACGAACUGUACAAAGUGACGACAGAGCACAAGAAAAACAAGAAAGAAGCGCACAAAAUUAUGAAGGACUUGAUCAAAGUUGCCGUCAAAAUUGGAAUCCUCUACCGAAACAAUCAAUUCAACACUGAAGAGUUGGAGAUUGUUGAAAAGUUCCGCAAGAAACUGAAUCAAGCAGCUAUGACUAUUGUCAGUUUCUACGAGGUGGAGUAUACCUUCGACAAAAAUGUUCUUUCUGAACUCCUGAAUGAAUGCAAAGACCUGGUGCAUGAACUUGUAGAGCGGCACCUGACAGCCAGGUCUCAUGCACGAAUCAACCACGUCUUCAACCAUUUUGCAGAUGUGGAGUUCCUCACUGCUCUCUAUAGCCUUGAUGGUGAAUGCCGGCCACACCUCAAAAAAAUCUGUGAUGGAAUCAACAAACUCCUUGAUGAGAAAGUCCUUUGAAACUUGCCUUCAGCCAGGAAAGACUUAAGCGAUAAGAACAGAAAGUUGAGACAAACUCAUGUGUGAGUCCUUUAUAUAACCCCAAACAGAACCUCUUGACUCCAAACUACUUGCCAUUAAGUCCAUAUUAGAAAGCAAAGAUUUAUUCAACUGUGGGCCCCACAUUUGAGUCAAUGGAGACUCAAAGACAUUUUAGGAUGCAGGGCAGUUUGUGAUGGGCAAAGGACAUUACAUACCCAUGGUCUCAUCAAUGCCAUGUUGCAGUUAGGAAUCGAUGAUGCAAAAUUAAAAGAUCUGUAGCAAGACAAACUGCCUACUAGUCACACAGCAGAAGAAUGGAACCAUAAUUUGAUUUUGAAAAGGUAUUGAAAGGGGAAAGAAUAAAAAUCUCCAUUUUUAAAUGUGAUCAAAAUGAAAAAAGAAACUUCACAGGCUAGAAUGAAGGCAAAACACAACAAAAACAAGAGACCAUGACCCUGUUUAAGGUGUUUAACUGUACACUGAGAAUAUAAAUGGAAUCUUUGUGGACAUCCUGGUUUAAAGAUUCUUAAAGGGGGAAGUAACAGGGGGAAAUGAGGACUAGAAAUUGACAUGUUGCAGAUCCAGACAGUCUGUCGGAGCCACAUUCAAUCACUUCUGCUGGGACAGGAAACACAUGGCCCUUCUGUUGUUCUUGUACUGCAACUCCCAUUGUACCUGGGCAGCAUUUCAAUGCUGAAAGAUGAUUGUAAUUGCAGUCCAACACCACCUGAAGGGCCAUAUAUUCCUCACCUCAUUCCUGUGUCCAGACAGGACAACCAGCUUAAACUAUGGUUAAACAUCCCAAAAUGAUAAACAUUAGGCCUAGUGUGACUUAUUUCAAGAAACUAUGAUUUAAGCAAAAGCAUACGCUUGUCAGAUAACAAAGAAUGGUUAGAAAUAAAUUGAUUUUUCUGUUUGCAGCCACACUAACGGAGUAGGAAAGAGGGUGCAUGAUUAUGUUCAUGUGCUGCUAAACUGUGGUUUCAGUGUUACGGGCCAUUCUCAGUCUGAGCAAGACUUUACAUAGUUGCUUUCAAUAAGCCCAUUCACACAGAAGACAGGCUGCUGGAGAAGUCUGAGGAAUACAGAAAGGGAAGAGAGGUUGUUUCUUUUCCCUUCUUGGUAUUCAAGAAUCAAAUGUCUUGUUCUUUAUAUUUAUACAAGACUUGAAAGCCUUACAAAUGGAGUGGGAGGGGAAGUCAUAUGCGUUUCUCAUGCUGGUAUAUGAUGUAUAUUCAAUGUUUACUUUUAUUUUGGUGAGUUAACAUGUACAACAUCCAGUUCCAAAAUAUCAGUAGUGUUUGAGUCAGACACAAAGUGUGUUGUAUUAUCAUAAAUGAUGUAUUAAAUGCUCUGUGAUU